AUUUGUUUGUGAGUUAUAUGUUGAAGUGUUGCAUGCAUUUGAGUUUUGGAGGGAAUUUCACUGGUUUUUUUGUCCUUGUCCAAAGUGUUUAUUUUUUCUUUUUUUGAAUAAUUCAUCAUGGAUAACGAUAAUGAUUAUGGUGAUGAUUAUGAAGAAUUUAUCGAUGAAGAAUCAAAUGUUGGAAACAACACUGAUAUGAAUGUUGAUCCACAACAACAAGAUGAUGAAAUUGUCGAAACUAAACGUGUUCAUAGUCGAUGGUGUCGACCACAGCCAUCAAUUGAUUAUAAAAAAGAUGCAAUCAUUUUUCAACAAAUUGACAUUGAUUAUUACAUUGGUGAAGCACGACCAGAUAUGCCUGGUCCAUCACAAGGACCAAUGCCAAUCAUGCGAAUGUUUGGUGUCACAUCCGAUGGUAUAUCGAUAAUGGCACAUGUUCAUGGUUUUGCACCAUAUUUCUAUGUUUUAGCACCGAAAACAUUUGAUUCAAAAAUAUGUAAACAAUUACUUGAACGAUUGAACAAACUGAUUCUGGCCGAAUUACGAAACAAUUCUGAAAACAUAUCCGAUGCUGUACUAUCGAUUGAUUUGGUCGAAAAACAAUCACUUUAUGGUUAUCAAAAAUUGGGUAAAACACAAUUCAUAAAGAUUACAUUGUGUUUGCCACGAUUAAUCAGUAUUGCUGCCAAAAUAUUAACAACAACAAAUUUGCUCGGUCAAUCGGAAACAAAAUGUUUUGAAUCCAAUAUUGAAUUUGAAAUCCGAUUCAUGGUGGAUCGAAAUGUUGUCGGUUGUUGUUGGAUCGAAUUGCCUGUUCAAUCAUAUCAGCUAAGAAGUGCGGAUAAAUAUGAAUCCAGAUGUCAAGUGGAAUUAGAUGUAGCCUAUGACAAAUUAAUUGCCUAUGAACCGGAUGAAAAAUGGUCAUCAAUUGCUCCGUUACGUGUGCUUAGUUUUGAUAUUGAAUGUGCUGGCAGAAAAGGUAUUUUUCCCGAACCAGAACAUGAUCCAAUCAUACAGAUUGCCAACUAUGUCACUAGACAAGGUGAAUCAGAACCAUUUAUUAGAGUUAUUUUCUGUUUGAAAACCUGUCUACCAAUUGUUGAUCAUGAAGUUCGUUGUUAUGAUGAUGAGAAAAAAAUGCUUCAAUCAUGGGCUGAUUUUGUUCGUGAAGUUGAUCCAGAUAUUAUCACCGGUUAUAAUAUCCAGAAUUUUGAUCUCGGUUUUCUAAUUGAUCGUGCUAAAACAUUGAAAUCAUCAACAUUUCCAUUUCUUGGACGAAUAAAACGUUCACAGACCAAAAUAAGACGUGCUAUUCUACAAUCAAAACAAAUGGGAAAACGUGAAAAUAAAAUAAUCAAUAUUGAAGGUCGUGUUCAAUUUGAUCUUUUAUUGGUCAUAUUACGUGAUUAUAAACUACGAUCAUAUACAUUGAAUGCUGUUAGUUAUCAUUUUCUUGGUGAACAAAAAGAAGAUGUACAUCAUUCAAUUAUUACUGAUCUACAAAAUGGUAAUGAACAGACACGUAAACGUUUGGCCGUAUAUUGUUUAAAGGAUGCAUUGUUACCAUUGAAAUUAUUGGAUAAAUUAAUGUCAUUGAUUAAUUAUAUGGAAAUGGCACGUGUUACUGGUGUACCAUUAUCAUAUCUUCUAGCACGUGGUCAACAGAUUAAAGUUGUAUCACAGUUAUUACGACAAGCACUUAAACAGGAUUUAGUAAUGCCUGCUGUACGUGCUGAACAAGGUGAUGAUUUUUCUGGUGCAUUAGUUAUUGAACCAAUACGUGGUUAUUAUGGUGUACCGAUUGCAACAUUGGAUUUUGCAUCACUAUAUCCAUCUAUUAUGAUGGCACAUAAUCUUUGUUAUACAACAUUAUUGACUGCCAAUGAAGCAAAACAAAUGGAUCCAGAUGCCUAUACGAAAACACCAUCAGGAUCAUAUUUUGUUAAACAAACCAUACGAAAAGGACUAUUACCAGAUAUUUUAGAACAAUUAUUGUCUGCACGUAAAAAUGCAAAAGCUGAUUUGAAAAAAGAAACCGAUCCAUUUCGUAAAAAAGUACUAGAUGGCCGUCAAUUGGCAUUGAAAAUGUCUGCCAAUUCAGUAUAUGGUUUCACUGGUGCACAAGUGGGUAAAUUACCGUGUUUGGAAAUAUCACAAAGUGUAACCGCUUUUGGCCGUGUUAUGAUUGAAAAGACCAAGAAUCUAGUGGAAACAACAUAUACUGUGGCGAAUGGCUAUGGCAAAGAUUGUAUGGUCAUUUAUGGUGAUACAGAUUCAGUGAUGGUCAAUUUUGGUGUCAAUACCGUUGAAGAGGCUAUGAAAUUGGGUAAAGAAGCAGCGGAUAAAAUAUCGGAAAAAUUUGACAAACCAAUUAAACUUGAAUUUGAAAAAGUUUAUUAUCCAUAUUUAUUGAUCAAUAAAAAACGUUAUGCUGGUCUUUUUUGGACUCGUCCAGAAAAAUUCGAUAAAAUGGACUGUAAAGGCAUUGAAACUGUACGUCGUGAUAAUUGUCCAUUGGUUGCCAAUUUGAUUAGUGCCUGUUUACAUAAGAUUCUGGUUGAACGAAAUCCAGAAGCAGCCGUUAAUCAUGCUAAAUCAGUGAUUGCUGAUUUACUCUGUAAUCGUGUAGAUAUUUCCAAUCUGAUCAUUACAAAAGAAUUGACAAAAUCUGAUCAUGAAUAUGCUGCAAAACAAGCACAUGUUGAAUUGGCUAACCGUAUGGCUAAACGUGAUGCUGGUUCAGCACCAAAAUUAGGUGAUCGUGUACCAUUUGUAAUAAUUGCUGCAGCAAAAGGUACACCAGCUUAUAUGAAAUCAGAAGAUCCAAUUUAUGUAUUAGAAAAUCGUAUUCCAAUCGAUACACAAUAUUAUCUUGAUAAUCAAAUUUCAAAACCAUUAAUACGGAUAUUUGAGCCAAUAUUUCGUGAAAAAACUGAAUCAGUAUUAUUGCGUGGUGAUCAUACACGUACAAAAACAGUGUUAACAUCAAAAGUUGGUGCAUUAUUUAAAUAUACAAAUAAACGUGAAACUUGUAUUAAAUGUAAAACAUCUUUACCGGAAAAACAUGAAUAUGCCACUUGCGAUUAUUGUGUUAAAGAUGAACAAUCCAUAUUUAAGAAUGAAAUUUCAAAAUUAACACAAUUUGAAGAAAAAUUUGCCAAAUUAUGGACACAAUGUCAACGUUGUCAAGGUAGCCUAUUGGAAGAGGUUAUCUGUACAAGCUGUGAUUGUCCAAUAUUUUAUAUGCGUAAAAAAAUUAAAUUUGAUCUAGCUGAACAGCAAAAAAUUAUUCAACGUUUUGGUAUGCCUGAAUGGUGAUCAUUAUCCGAUUCGAGGAUCGAUAAAUUUGAAUAUUUGAUCGCAUUUUGUUUUUUUAAAGAUUCAUCAUCAUAAGUGCUUUUUCAAGUGCAUUUUCAAUUUUUACGUUGAAAAAUUUUUUUUUUACUUAUAUUCGAUCCAUCAAUGUCAAGUGAAUUUUUGUAUCGUUUGAAAUUAAUAUGUGUCGAAUAUAUGUGUCUCUACAUUAAACAUCGAAAUACAAGUACAGCUAAUUAGGCUAGACAUUGAAACGAAGAGAGAAAAGAAAUCUAAAAAUAAAAAAAAAAAAAAAAUGUUCAUCCGCUCUAUGAAUAACCGAUUGUCGGCUUUACAAUGUUUUUGUU